CUUUUUGAUUGGUUAAAAUAUGGGGAUGGUUUGUAUAUAUAAUGUCACGUGCUAAACUGACAUCUGUACCAUUCCAGUGCUGCUAAAAAACAGCUUCUUUGCAGUCAGAAAAAAUGAGGACCUUCGUUACAGUACUCCUUUUAGCAUUAGUCUACAAGACUUCUGCAAUAUAUAGAUUUGGUGGCGGCGGCAGUGGUAACUUUGGUGGCUUUGGUGGUCCUCCUGGUAUUGGUGGAAUCGGUGGUCCUCCUGGUUUUGGUGGAUUUCAACCUCGAGGGGGGUUAAAUAUACCUCCUGGGGCUAAUGUUGUGCCUAUACCAUAUAGAUAUCCAGUUCCAACACCUGUAGGUGGACGACGAGGUGGUGGACAGCCAAUUAUUAUAAGGAGAGAAGGAAAUAAUGUAAAUAGAGGAGGAGGUGGCAUGGGUGGUGGAGGUAUUCUCGGUUUGCUUUAUAUGCUCUUUUUAUUGAGCAUUUUUUCAUCGAUCUUCCGGGGAGGAGCUGGUGUGGCUGGUAAUGGUUUGCUUGGCAACGGUUUGUUUGGCAAAAAGUAGUUUGAACAUAUAUAUUUAUAUAUAUAUAACGGAUUGCCACUACCAUCAGGAGAUCUAUUGUCAUUUGAGCCAAUUGCUGUACACAUAAUAUAACUGACUAAACAUGAAACAAGAUGAUUUUUUGAAUAAAUAUUUCCUCAAUUGUGAUUAUUUUA